AUGCGGGCGCCACUCUGCCUGCUGCUGCUGGUCGCCCACGCCGUGGACAUGCUGGCCCUGAACCGAAGGAAGAAACAAGUGGGCACUGGCCCGGGGGGCAACUGCACGGGCUGCGUCAUCUGCUCCGAGGAGAACGGCUGCUCGGCCUGCCAGCAGAGGCUCUUCCUGUUCAUCCGCAGGGACGGCAUCCGCCAGUACGGCAAGUGCGUGCAUGACUGCCCCCCUGGCUACUUCGGCGUCCGCGGCCAGGAAGUCAACAGGUGCAAAAAAUGCGGGACCACUUGCGAGAGCUGCUUCAGCCAGGACUUCUGCAUCCGGUGCAAGAGGCGUUUUUACCUGCACAAGGGGAAGUGUCUGCCCACCUGCCCACGGGGUACUAUGCCCCACCAGAACACACGGGAGUGCCAGGAGGAGUGUGAGCCCGGCCCCUGGGGCAGCUGGAGCCCCUGCAGGCACAACGGGAAGACCUGCAGCUCGCCCUGGGGCCUGGAGACCCGGGUCCGGGUCCUCGAAGCCCGCCGGGCCGGGCAGGAGGAGAUAGCAGCCUGCCAGGUGCUGGCCGAGUCGAGGAAAUGCCCCAUCCAGAGGCACUGCCCAGGAGAUUGGCUGCCCUCCCUAGGGAUCUUUGACGACAGAGCGUGUAACACACCAGGCUGCUAG